AUGUUGUCAGAUUUAAUAACAUCUCUUUCAUCAAAUCCAUAUUUUGGUGCUGGUGCUGGUCUAAUUGGUAUAGGUACAGCAUUAGCUAUACUUCGUCGUUCAUCUCAAUAUGGUUUAAUAUUUUUUCGUCGUCAAUUUAUGAUAACACUUGAAGUUCCUAAUAAUGAUAUAAGUUAUACAUGGUUAUUGCAAUGGAUAUCACAUCAAUUACGUGAUUCAAGUCGUCAUUUAAGUGCUCGUACAACAUUAAUAAAAAGUGAUGAACCAUCAUCACGUAUUCAAGCAUCAUAUACAUUUGUUCCAUCAGUUGGUACACAUUAUUUUCAUUAUAAAGGAAAAUUUAUUAAAGUUGAACGUACACGUGAACAAAUGAUUAAUUCUGGUGUACCAUUUGAAUCUGUUCAAUUAACUGCAUUUGGACAAAAUCGACAAUUUUAUAUUGAUAUGUUGGAAAAAGCACGUGAUGCUGCAUUAUUAGCUAAUGAAGGGAAAACACUUGUUUAUGUUCCAACAAUUAAUGAAUGGCGUCUGUUUGGUCAUCCAAGACGAAAAAGACCGUUGAAUUCAGUUGUACUCGACAAAGGAAUUCUUGAAAAUUUAAUAAAUGAUGUUGAACAUUUCCUUUCAAAUCCAUUAUGGUAUAUUGAUCGUGGUAUACCUUAUCGACGUGGUUAUCUUUUAUUUGGUCCACCUGGUUCUGGAAAAACAUCAGCUAUUACGGCUCUUGCAGGACAUUUUGAUUUAAGUAUUAGUACACUUAAUUUAAGUCAAGGUACAAUGACUGAUGAUCGUCUUCAACAAUUAUUAAGUAAUGUACCUGAAGAAAGUAUUAUUUUAUUAGAAGAUAUUGAUGCAGCAACAGUUGGUAGACAUUAUGAAAAAGAUGAUGCUAUACGAUAUCAAGGCAUGAAACCACUAACAUUGAGUGGUUUAUUAAAUGCACUUGAUGGAGUUAUUUCAACUGAAGGUAGAAUUAUUUUUAUGACAACUAAUUUUAUUGAACGUCUUGAUCCAGCAUUGAUUCGUCCUGGUCGAGUUGAUUAUAAACAAUAUAUAGGUCAUUUAACACCAUAUCAAGUUGAACGUAUGCUAAUUCGUUUCUUUCCUCAAUCAACUCGUAAUGAAAUUAAUCAAUUUCUAAAUGAAAUCGAACGUUUAACAGAUAAUUAUUCAAAAGAAUUAAGUGCAGCACAAUUACAAGGAUUUUUUAUGUAUUAUAAAGAUUCUAUAAAACAUGUUUUUGAUAAUAUUAAUCAAUUAUAUUAUUUAUAA